CUGCAAUUGAGUUAAUAAAUAUACACUACAACACUGACAACAGCAACAACAAGAAAUGGAGAAAGAAAUCAAGAUUCUGGUUCUGAUUAUCGGUGCAGGACCAGCCGGAUUAGCAACAUCAGCUUGUCUUAACCGGUUAAACAUACCAAACAUAGUAGUGGAAAGGGAUGAUUGCAGUGCCUCUCUGUGGAAAAGAAGGUCUUACGAUCGUCUCAAGCUUCACCUCGCAAAGCAAUUCUGUCAACUCCCUCACAUGCCAUUCCCCUCAAACACUCCUACCUUCGUCUCUAAGCUAGGUUUCAUCAAUUACCUUGACGAAUACGCCAUACGUUUCAACGUAAUCCCUAGGUACAACCGGAACGUCAAAUCUGCCUACUUCAAAGAUGGUCAAUGGAUCGUGAAGGUGGUGAAUAAAACCACGGCGUUAAUAGAAGUCUACUCGGCGAAGUAUAUGGUUGCUGCGACGGGAGAGAAUGGCGAAGGUGUGAUUCCAGAGAUUCCGGGGCUUGUAGAGAGCUUUCAAGGAGAGUAUUUGCACUCAAGUGAGUACAAGAACGGCGAGAAGUUCACCGGAAAAGAUGUUUUGGUCGUCGGAUGUGGAAAUUCCGGCAUGGAGAUUGCUUAUGAUCUGUCUAAGUGCAACGCUAAGGUCUCCAUCGUUGUUCGUAGCCCGGUGCACGUGUUGACGAGAUGGAUCGUACGGAUAGGAAUGUCGUUGCUCAGGUUUUUCCCGGUAAAAUUAGUUGACCGUUUGUGUCUGUUACUCGUGGAGCUGAGGUUUGGGAAUACUUCAAGAUAUGGGCUUGUAAGACCCAAAAAUGGCCCAUUCAUGAAUAAGCUAAUCACCGGCCGGUCACCUACCAUUGACGUCGGCUGCGUCGGAGAGAUUAAGUCCGGCAAGAUUCUGGUUGUGACGUCUAUUAAACGUAUAGAAGGGAAGAGAGUUGAAUUCGUCGAUGGAAACACUAAAAAUGUGGACUCCAUUGUCUUUGCAACUGGUUACAAAAGCAGCGUUACAAAAUGGCUUAAGGUCGAUGAUGGAGAUCUGUUCAACGCGAAUGGGAUGCCGAAACGCGAGUUCCCGGAUCACUGGAAGGGGAAUAAUGGUUUGUAUAGUGUUGGGUUUGGGAGACAAGGCUUGGCUGGUAUCUCAAGAGAUGCUCAAAACGUUGCUAGAGACAUUGCUUCUCUGGUUUGUCAGAGAAAGUUAUCAGAAUCUCAUUACUCUGUUUCCCCAAGAGCGUUUCUGAGGUUAGAGUACUUGGUUUCGAGCUCAUACCAUGAAUCCAAGUUCACCAAACGCCACUGUUAUGAGCGAAAACGGAAGAAACCCGCUGAAUCUGAUAAGCUAGCCUCCGCCGAAUCUAAAAUUCAGGAGGAACACUUAUCUGAGGCAACUACUUCCACUUCCUCAAGCAUGCAGACAGCUGCUCCUCCUCCUAUCAAGUUGUUGGAAGAUGUGAUUCCUCCGCAAGAACAAGACUCGUUUUAAAAGAAAAAGCAAGAACAAGAAACUCGUCAAAGCCAAAGCUAAUUAAGGAUGCAUUGUCCC